AUGGCAGCCAGGGAGUGGAAUGAUCUUCCUUGUGAACUUUUACAAUCGAUUGCUGAUCGUUUAGGUUUAAUUGAGUUUCUCAGCUUCCGUGGUGUCUGCAAGGAUUGGAAUUCUGCUUCAUCCACCGCUUCAGCUGAGAUUGAAGCCUUACCAAGUCACGAACCUUGGUUUCUAUUAUACGGUGAAAAUUCUGAAUGCGUGUUGAUUGCUGAAUCAGGCAGAAAAUACACCAUCACUAUCCCAGAAUUGAAUGGAGCAACCUGCCUCGCAUCAAAACAAGGGUGGCUUCUUCUACUCCGUGAAGGCUCAAUGUUCUUCUUCUGCCCUUUCUCUCGUGCGAGAAUAGACCUUCCAGGGCAGUUCCCUCACACGGCAAUCUUUGACGACCAUGUAGCAGUAUUUUCAUCUCCUCCAACUUCACAAGACUGCGUUGUUUGCGUCGUUACCAAGAGUGAUGAAACACAUUUAAAAGUGCAUGUGAUUCGUCGUGGAGAUAAUGCAUGGACCGAGAUGUACACUAUAGGUUUCGCAAGCAAAAUUGAAAAUGCUGCUUACUGCAAUGGAGCUUUCUACUUCUUCGACGAUACAGAUUUGAUGCUUUAUCUUGGGCUCGAGAAUCGAAGGCUAACCAUUACUAAGGUACGUUAUACACAGUCGCCAAAAGACAAAGGCAUCGGCUUAAGAUUUAGCACCGAUUCUGAGAAAAAUGACAUGAAGAAGCGGUUGGGAUUGGCAGAGGGAUUUCCACUUUCUACUUGUGGAACCAUAGUAUCUGGUAAAAAUGCUGACAAGAUGGUCCCUUAUGAAAACACCGGGAAUGCUAAAGAAUCUGGAAGCCGGGGCCUCAAAGGGGUAUGGUUUCAACCUCGUUUCCAUCAAAUUGACCAAAAUCAUAGUUGGUGA